CGAAACUAGUCAAUUUAAAAGAACAAAACAAAUUGUCCUACCCGGUUGGUUCGUCAAUAAUAAAUAACUCCAGUGCGGGAAUAAUAAACAACUCCAGUGAAAAAAAGGAAGUGGCCAUUGAAAUCAAAUUAUGUUACUUUUUUAUGUGAUAUUAAAUUUUAUAAUUUGACAUCUGUACAUAUAUUUUUUAAAAAAAACCGCGCAUUGCAACAAGUAAUAAAUAAGACACGAGGAGAAUAUUCUGACAACCAAAGAUACAAAAGCGAGGUAAGAGCAUAUAGUGGGCUGAAGUGGAGUCGAAAAAAAUGGGAAUUUUCUUAUUGCUGUCUGUUUGACAUGCAAAGCGUAAUCAAACAAAAAAAACAAAACUACUUGGACUACCACCAGCAGCGGUUGCGGCGGGUCACACGUAUAAAGAAAUACCACCACUAAACUAAACUUGAGUUCAUAACGAAAUAAAAACACACAGCCAGACAGCAGCACCACCGUCACAAAAACAAAAACAACAACAAUGGCAAUAACAUCUGCAGCAGAGCAGCAAUAACCGACGAUACGACGAACCCACAAAAAAUCAAAAACACAAAAGAAAUAAAGUUAAGUAAAGCAACAAACUUCAACGCCACUUUAGUCUCACAUAAACAGUCGAAACGAUCUGAUCGAAGAGAGAGGAAAGGAAGAAAGGAAAAAGGCACGACUGCAAAGCGACAGGCUCCAGACUACAAAGAAACAAACAAGUGAUUACUUUGUGUUCAGAAUUAGAAUCGAGAGAACAACGUGAGAAGAAUCGAAAGGGAAACGCGAAACAAAGAAAACACGUUUGAAACGCGGGCAGAACUACAGCAAAAAAGCAAUAACAAAUCUAACGAAAAAAAACACAAAAAAUCAAAGAAAACAAAUAAAAUAACAAGCGAUUAAUUUUAUGUCUUCCAAAGAAUCAAAACAAUUUCAAUUCAAUAAAGGAAAUAAAAAAAAAUCUUUUUAUCUUGUGAUGUGAGGAGGAGACUGGAAUCUUGUGUGUGUGUGUUUUCGUUAAAAUUCCUUUUCUUUUCCCUCGCCCGCUAACAUUUAAACAUUGUCGUCGCCAACGUCUUAGUUGCUUGCUCCCCUCGCCCAUUUAUAUAUUUCGAUUAUUAUAGUGUGAGUUCAAAUGAAUGUUUGUGUCCCCACAAUUAUCAUUUUCAUCAAAUCGAUCGAUCGUUGGAUGGAUUGACAUCGUCGGUUCGGUGUACAACAGUUGUUGCUAAAAUACAUGCGUAAUUGAACAUCGGGGUUUUGAAACAAAGUUUCGUGUUUGAAAUUGUGAGAUAGAAAGAACAAAAGAGAACGACACAUCAUUCUCUCAGUGAGUGUUAUGUUCUGAUUGUUUGUUGGGCCUACUACAUUGUUCUACAUAGCGCCAAUGCCUCCAACUUCUCUCAACGUGGUGUGAGAAAUCCCUUGAGAAAAAAACUCUUAUCGCAUCUUCUUACUUUCGUUCUAUCCCCCACGCGUGCUGUAUAAUAAUGCAGUUGUUAUAAAAAGUCCGCACAGACGCCAGACUUAAAAAAUAAAGAAAAGAAAAAAAGAAAUUAAUUUAAAAAAAUACAUUGCUUUUAAUCACUGUUUAACGUUAAUUUUUCGAAGACCCAUAAAAUAAAACAAAAGCAGUAACCCAGUGUCUAAAUUAUUUAAACAGAACUAAACAAAACAACGAAGAUUGUAUAUAUACAUACGUAUUUACAUUACUAAAGAGAUAGUUGGAGCUGUAAAUUAUUAUUAUUUUUUGUGGCCAAGCCAACCUGUUGCAUGUCUUAUUAAAAGGAACCCCCGCGCAAACAGCAAAAAACCGAAACGAAAAUGUCUGCAGCUAUUGUGCAAAAGAGUACCACCACCAAUACAACAACGAAAACCUCAUCGAACACCACCGCCAUUUAUUUCGAUUGUGGCGACAUAUUUACAACGAAUAAAAACAUUGAUAAACCUCUUCAGAAUCAUCAUAAUCAUCAUAUGUCUAAUGGACAUAUAAAUGGCGGCAGCUCAUUGUCCGAACUCAACAUCAUGGAUAUUAACUGUUCAAACAACUCCUCAAUGGAUCAUAUGGACCAAAUGGAUCAGUUGCAACAACAAAUUCAACACAAUUCCACCACAUCGAACACAAAUGCUCAAACUAAAGCGCUCAAUCAUCAAUAUCGCAUUCAUGCCGCUUUGACUCGCACCAUCUCUACGCCCCAGCCGCAAAUCAAACCACCACAUCAUCUAAGUACAUUGCAACAGCAUCAAACACAAGCACAGUCACAACAGCAACAUGAUCCGAAUGUGGCAAUGGUGAAUACCCUAAUUGAGAAUUUGGGCAACAUAAAUCUACAUAGGAAGCUGGAAAGAACACAAUCGGAGCCAUUGCCGCAACAGGUUAAUGCAUCAAGGUACAAAACUGAACUUUGUCGCCCCUUUGAAGAAGCAGGCGAAUGCAAGUAUGGUGAAAAGUGCCAGUUCGCUCAUGGCUAUCAUGAAUUGCGUAACCUACAGAGACAUCCCAAGUACAAAACGGAAUAUUGUCGCACUUUCCAUAGCGUGGGCUUUUGCCCCUAUGGACCACGUUGCCAUUUUGUGCACAACGCUGAUGAAGCGCGAGCUCUUCAACAGCAGCAACAACAGCAGCAGCAGCAACAACAACAACAACAGCAACAAUUUCAACAACCACAACAACAAACUAAAUUACAAAAUCAUUCCAAUUAUUAUAUAAACAACCCCUUGAGUGCCAAAUCUAGUCUCAAUGGAGGAGCAGUAGCAACAGCAGCAGCAGCCGGCGGUAUCAAUCAUUCCCUACCGCUAAGUCCUCCCUUGAGCAUGUCCACCGGCUCCGAUCGCGAAUCACCAACUGGCUCAUUGUCACUUUCGCCCACAAGUUCCAUGACAAAUUUCACAUUUGGUGAACAAAUCAGUCCAGCAAAUUCCGUGUUUCAAAUAAGCUUCAAUUAUGGGAGUACACCACCCGAUAGUCCCAAUGAACCCAUGUCGCCAGUGAACACACCACCACCCACCCAUAUCUUGGGUGCCAUAUAUAGUAAGCCGUUGGUGUCCAAUAACACCAAUGGUAGCGGUGGUCAGGUUGUUGCUGCCGCUGCCAGCUCCUCGAUUGCACCACCCUGCAAACAAUUGUUGCAGAAAAGUUCCAGCUCUCCCAUAGCGAUUCUGAGGAACCCUAAUGCCGGCGUUGGUGUUGGCAGUGGUGCCACCAAAACUACUACUCCUACCAAAGUCAACUCUGUGUCAUCGUUGAAUGGUGCUGUGGCAGCCGAUGAGGCACGUUUACCUGUGUUCAAUCGCAUUAGCUCAGUAGCAGAUACAUUUCCCCAUGUAGCUUUAUAAACAUCUCUGUAAUAUAGUAGUUUAAUUUGAUCAUAUGCAUACUUUCAAACAUAUAUGUAACAAAGAACAUAACGCGUGCGCAAACCUGCUUGCGCGUUGACCCAGCAACUUACCAACAAGCGACAAAGAAAAAAUCUCAAUAAUUUCACACCCCCACACGACGCAUACAAAUAUUUAAUUGAAACCAGAGACAAUUAAAAAUUCUAGUUUUUUUUCUUUAUGCAUAUUAAUAUUAACGAAAACAAAAAAUCUUUUAUGUGUAAUUAAUUAUAAAAUAACUACUUUUUUACUUUUUUAUGCUAUCAUCUCUAUUUUUUAAUGUUUUUAUCCAUAUGCAUAUAUAUUUUACACAGACACCCCUAUCUAUAUCUAUCAAUCUAACUUUUAUAUACAUCUACAUAUUUUGUUAUUUAACAACACAAUUCAUUUAUUUAAACAACAACAACCAGUACAGACAGAACUAACCACCAAACAACUAACCGACAACCAUUUAACAACAAUCAGCAUAGACGUACAGACAGCAGACAGAGACAGACAGCAAAUAACUAAAAAAAAUCAUUAAUUUAUAUACAUAUCUAUAAAACAAAAACAAAACUGAUAUUUGCAUAUGCACACUUAUAAAAGAAACAACAACGACAAACUGCUAAAAAAUGUACUAAAUUAUUGAAACUAUUAUUGAUGAAAAAUGUUAAGCUGUUUUGUUUUUGCUCUGCAAAGUAGCUUUUGAUAUUUAUCAUGCGAUAACAUGGGGAGCACUUGCAUAUUGCUGCUCCAUAUAAAUACCUAGUAUUUAAAAAAAUUUGUAACGGUAUAAUGCUUGGUUUGUUUGUUUGUCUUUCCAUGUUGCGUCUAUACGUGCUAUCGGCUGGCGUCACAUGAAAUCGAUAACAUUUUUAGCACUAUGCCAUACAAAGGCGUGUUAUCGUUUUCACAUGUAAUCGAAAGCAAAGUUACAUUGCAGUGCAAAACUAAGACAACUACUCUGUUAUAACUAUUAUGCAAACAUUAACAUUCAUACAACAUAUUAUAGAAAAAUAUCCAUACAAACAACAUUGUAUAUGUAAACAUGUAUACACAAGCACACGCAACAUUUUAACUUUAUAUAUACAUAUUACUUAUUAUAAUUAUUUAAAACAAAAAAAAAACGCAACAAUUUGAUUAUUUAUCUCAAAAGGAAAAAAAAACAAGAAAACACACUACUAUUAUAAUUAUAUACUAUUAUUAUAUUUACUAUUUAUAAUUUAUAUCUAUAUAUAUAUAUACAUACACAUAUUUAAUUUUACACAUAAUUAUCCAUAAAAGUGGAUAUGACUUUUUUUGAAAAAACAUAUACCUAUUUUUAAACAAAUUAUUUAAAAGAAAAACAAAACCAACAUAAAUACACAAUGUAAAUGUAAAACUUCUGGCUGGGUUGCUUUAUGAUCUAAACGAUGUAAAAAAGAAAAAACAAAAAAAUGUUUGCAUUUAUUAAAAUUAAUCUUUUUAUUUAUUUUUUUUUUUCUUCCUUCUUAACUUAUUUCUUAGACAAACAAAAUUUUGUAACUUAACAAAAAAGCGUUAAAGAAAAGACAUUCAAACAAAAAAAAAGACCAGAGAAUAUAAGAUCUUGAAAAGAAAAGCAAAAAAAAAAAAACAAAUUUUAAGACAAAUCAUUAGAUGUUUUCAAAAAAGCAAUGGAGUGAUAUUUUUCAAAAAAACAAAAACUCACAAAACUAAAUGCCUAAAUAAAAUAAGCACACAUAUUAACAGACUUUAAAAAGAGAGUGAGAGAGAGAGAGAAAAAAAAAAACAAACAACGAGUUGUUAAAAUAUCAAAAGAAAUAGUUGUCAUAUUGUGCCAAAAUUAUAACAGAAACAGUUUAUUUCCUCCCUCAUAUCCCUCAAACAAGAAUUCACUAAGGGAAACAUCUUAUUUUAAUAACAUUUACCAACACUAAGGAGGGAAAUAUUAGUUGUCUCCAUUUCCAUCAUACCAGGAACAUGAAUAUUUUAAGAGUUAAAAAAAAACACCACAUUGAAAAGAAAAAGUAUGGCUAAAUUACCGCAAACUUCAUUUCUGAAUACUGAACACUUCAAAUUGUUUUAAAAUCGAGCUUAACAUUAAGGGCCCGUUUUUUUUUAAAAAGCUUAAUGAAGCCUUAUAAUCAGUUUACACAUCAUGAUACUUGGUCAUUGUAAUAAUAUUGGUGAAAUGCGUCACAUGGCCGAAAAAUCUAAAUCAUUUGAUUUUUUCAAUGACUGUCGUCUAUCGAUUACCAUUUACACAGAAAUGUGUAAUCAUUAAUUGACAGCUGUUGAAAAAUAUGUUCUGGCCAAAAUCAAAUUAUAAAAAGAGAAGAAAAGUUUGGAAAGUAAAAUAAAAUCAAAGAAAAGAAAAAAAUCUAUACAGAUGAUGAGUACGAUCAUGAUGUGACGCAUAAACUGCCAAUUAUUAUAGGUUUAUUUAACAAUUCUAUAAGGGAACUCUCUCCAAGAAAUCAAUUCCGAUUCUACAUUAAGUUUUGUAUAUAACGGUAUAAGAACACAUUGUUCGAGAAUUAUAAAAGGUGAUGAAAUGUUAAGGGCCGAUGUUGAAUGUCAAACCACCAUAUGAAAUGUCAAAUUUUUUCUUUCUGAAUUUCAGACUAACUCAAUUUAAACCAUGUAAGGAUACACAAUUGAGCAAUGCGUUUAAGCUUUUCAAAAUCAACAUCUUCGCUUUAAAUGUAACCACCCUUUAUAUAGCAGAUAGUUAAAGCAUAUUUUGCCCAAUAAGGGUAUAGUCUGAGAAACUUUUGAGAGCUUUUGGGUUUGAUGUUAACCAGAAUGCUUUUUAUCAUCUUAUUUAUUUAUUGGAUCACUAGUAGGCGGCAAAUGGGUUUGCCUAUGCAUUCGAACAGGGUAGCAGCUCGUUCUAUCGUUGUGUAACCAAAGGGGCAAUUUGAUACUUUUUAUAAAGGUUUGCCCAUUUUAGUGACCCUUUUUUGACAAAUUAUAGCUCGAGUAAGGAAAUGCAAUUUGGAUUGUCAUAAAGUGGAUGAAUGAAACUAGUUAAAAAUAUUUUGCCGUCAUAUAAGGUCAUGUUUUGUAGAAAAUUGGCUUGUCGAAAACCAGCUGUAAAAAUUGCUCAAAAAUUCUAAAAAAAUAUAUAUGAAUGAGAUUUCUGGAAAUCGUUCUAGUAUCUUUUAGCAUUUAAUGGUUUCUGUAUUAUAAAAAACAUGGCGAUAAGCUUACCACUUUUGGGAAAAGUUGCGAUUUUAUGUGAAAGUCAACAAAAUCCACUUUUCUUCGCUAAAUUGUCAUAAAAUAUUAAGUAAACGUUUGGUUUUUUGUUUUUGUAAACAAUUUGUGGCUGGGAUAAUAAAAAAAAUUUAUUUGUUUAAAAUUUUUUGAAAAAAUUAAAAUUUCUUUUUUUAAUAUUUAAUUUUUUUAACUUAAGAUUUUAAGAUUUAUAUUUCAAUUAUUUUUGUUUUUUUUUUUUCAAUUUAAAUACAAUUUUUUCAAGCUUUAAAAAAGUAUUUUUGGUAAAAAAUAAUUAAAUUAAAAAUUCUUCAAUUUUUUAUAUUUAAAAAAAAUUUAACAAAAUGCUACCUCAACAUAAUUAGCCAAAAUAAUCAAUAUAUUAAAUUUCUCAAUCGAGGGUCUGGCGUUAUAAUGGUUUAAGAAAACCUUUCAAAAUUCUAUUUGCAUAGAAAAUUUCUUAAUUAUAUAUAUAUAUUUUAAUAUUACUUUUUUUAAUCCCUUAACUUCUGACCCUUGAUUUCCUUUUAAUUAUUUAAAGCAUUUAUGUUGGCUUAGUAUUUUUUUUAAAUACUGAAAAAAAUUAAAGCAAAGCAAAGGAAAGUUGUCUGUAGCCCAAAAUAGUAGGCCUAUCGUCCUUAAUGUUUUUUUUUUUCUAAUAUCUAACCCUCAAAAACUACAAGAAAACUCGAAGUUUCCAGAACUUUACACUUGCAAGAAUUUUAAAAAGAUUUUUUAUUUGAAUUUUGGAGCUUUGCAAAAUUGCUAACUUUUACCAAGAAAAUAACCUUAUAGGACAAGACAUAAAUUUGUUUAACUAGUUUCAUUCGUCCUAUUGCAAAGCCACUUUCCCAACUUGAGCUAGAAUUUUGCCUAAUCGGCGUUAAUGGGAUAAUUAUUAUCUUUUUAUUUUUACUUAAUCAUUUUGGUAAAAUUUUGAAAAAUAUUAUGUUUUGUGACCCUUUACUUAAAAAAUGCAUUUUCCCCUUUUUGCAAAGUUCUGAACGGUAACCCAGCAGGGUAACCAAAUUAUUAUGCUCAUACGCCUAAAAUAGCCUUUUUUUGUAUGGUUUAUUUAAUCGAUGGCAAUAUUUAAAAAUUAAACCUGUUUUCAUAUGUAUCUAUUUCGCCGCCAAAUUGCCAGUUGAGUGGCAAUACCUCACAUUUUUUCCAAAACUACAAAACAAACUGUGGUAACAAGAAAAAAAGCCGUUAUAUCUUGAGUAGUGAUGGACAUUCUAACACAUAGGCCCAGUAUUGUCAAGCCCAUGGGCUAAUGUUCUUUUGCACGUGUACAAAAGUGUGUGUGUGUAUGUAUUUGCUCAUCACUGAUCUGGAGCCAUCAACGGCCCCGAACUUAGUUGCAGUGAAAACUGUAUUGGGUUGCUUGAGAGAGCAAAAUUUUUGAAAUUGUCUGUGAAACAUUCUCAGUAUCUCAUUUACCUUAGUUGUUGUUGCGCAUAAGUAUGAAUUGGCAAUAUUCAAAAAAUGAACUUGUUUUCAUAUGUCCCUAUUUUGCCGCCAAAUUGCCAGUUGAGUAGCAAUACCUUAGAUUUUUUCCAAAACAACAAAACAAACUGUGGUAACAAGAAAAAAGAGCAGUGAUGGGGACUAACACAUAGGCCCAGCAUUGUCAAGCCCAUGAGCUAAUGUUCUUGUGUGUGGUGUGUGUGUAUUUGCUCAUCAUUGAUCUGAAGCCAUCAACGCCCCCACUCAGUUAUAGUGAAAAUUGUAUGGGUUUGCUUGAGAGAGCAAAAUUUUUAAAAUUGUCUAUGAAACAUUCUCACUCUCUCAUUUACCUUAGUGGUUGUUGCGCAUAAGUAUGCAUUGCAAUCGCAAAGCCCAUCACAAGACAUAUUGGUUGGCCGAAAUUUCUUGUUUGUAUAGGUAAUUUUGUAUACUUUUCACAGCAUAUGAAUGGGGAAACCCUUUAAUGAUGAGUACACAAAUAAGAACCUCUUUCAUAAGCUUGGUAUAUGUAUUUUAAAAUAAGAAAACAGCUGAUUUGUAUACCUCAAGCGGACAAAAGGUAUUUGUACAAGGGCAACUUAGCUUUGGUAGAAACAAUGAGUUGUUUAAAUUCUUAAAAUAUUCUUUUCCAGUAUCUGGUAUGACUGUGGUGGACUACAUCAUAUUUAGUUUCUGUAACCUCCCGUUAUAUACACCAACGAAAACAACAUUGUAAAUUUUGGGCCUUUGUCUCGCUAUCUAAUGAAAGCAUUGUUAACAAUUAAGACUUUGGCCAGUUAAUCUGCAAUAUUUCCUUAAAGCCUUGGACUGGAAAUUCACACCAUACAUGCCCAAAUGAAAGUACUUUUUAAUGAAUAUGCCUUAUAUACAUUAAUAUUUAUAAUAUUAAAAAUAAAAUACCUCUGAACAUUUAAAAUUAAUUUUCUAUAUAUAUUUUUUUUAAUUUAAUUAUUUAAUUAAAAAUUGUUUUUUUGUUUUGCUAUAUGACAAACUUGAUAAUAAUAAUAAAAAAAAAGAUUUUUAUGAACAAUUUCGUAUGAGACUUCUUAGGUGCGUACAGAGUCAAUUGCUUACUAUUAUUUUCGCUUGUUUUUAUAAAAAAAAAUUGUAAUUUUUAAAAUUUCUAAACUAAAGUUGGAAUAAAGAAAACCACAAAUCAUGAUGUAUAUAAACAAAUCAAAUGAAAUUGAGAAUAAAAAUAGAAAUCUGUAACGAAGAAAAAGAACACAAACAAAAACAUAUGUAAUUUAAAACAAAAACCUUAAUUUAAAUGAAAGAAUAAUUUAUUUUUUUAUUAACUAAAUUAUAUAAAUCACACACAACCACAAACAAAUACAUAUACAAAAUAUUAUAUAUGUACGUUAUUAUAUAUAUAUUACACUAUUUUCUAUAAAUUUAGAAUAAAAACAAUGGCAAUUAUUUAAAGAAUGAGUUUAUUUUUUUUUAUAAAACAUACAAUUUGUCCUUUCCGUUUUUAUUUUAUAUUUUAAAUUGAGCAAAGUUUCAUUUUUUUUAAUUUUCUAUUUCCAGCAUUCACAUUUCAUCUAAAUUAAAUAUUUACUUUAGUAAUAUUUUUUUUUAAAUCAUAUGUCUUAGUCUAUUAUAUUUAAAAGUAGAGGAAAACAUGUAUACAACAAUAAGAAAAAACCAAUAAUUUGUCAUUGAAAAAUUCUCAAGUGCCUUAAUAAUGUUUUAUUAUUAUUAUUUUUUUUUAAUUAUUAUUAUUAUUAACUAUUUAUAUGUAAUUUAAUUUGAUUGGUUUAAUUGAAUAUUAUUUUGUUUUUAUUUUUACAAUUUACCUUUUUUAGUUAUUUAAAUGGAUUUAGUCUUCCCCACUCUAAUUUUUAUUAUAUUAUAUUUCUAAUUUAUAUUUGUAUUUUUUUCUCCCUUGACAUAGUAAUACAAUACGCGCCAGUUCGAGAUAAGUCGUCAGUAGUCUUUACUAUGCACUGUGUUUAAAAAUACAAAAUAAAAAAAAAUACGAACUAUGCUUCCAUUUUACAUAUUUUUACAAAUAAAAUCGAAACAUUGAAACGUAA